AUGAGCGAGGCAGACCUGGGCUACAGCGAAGGGAGUUUUGACCUCCCUCGCUGGCAAACUCACGUAGAUUUAUCGUCCAGUGCCCAGGCUGCGCAUUCAGCUCAAGCUGCUUAUUAUGCCAGCCCAUUACCUCCUCCUCCUCCUUCCGCCAGCACAAAUCGACCACCGAGACUCAAUGCACUUGUAGACCAAGAUUAUUCACCACAGCCAUUAUCUAGAAGUGCUUCGUUGGGUGGAAAUCGAAAUAUCAGACGUCACCACCUACCAGACGAGCUCGAACCAGCGCCGAUGUCAGCAUAUCCAUCCUCAACACCCAACUCUUUUUACCCUCAGGCCCCGAGAUCUCCGUUGAGGACACCAAACACGGCAGUCAUGUUGGAUCCAUACUCGCCUCAGCAGUCUCCAUAUCAACAGAGCCAUUCAAGGAAUCAUUCGAGAGAAUACGAGACUUCGCUAUCUCCAAAUCAGCAUCAGCUCAGAAAACCGUCCAUAUCCAAUCCACCGACUCCGCUCAGUUACCUUCCAGACCCAAUGCUCGUAGAUCCAACGCCACCGCCGCCCCGUCGUCGUCCGCACGGCCUUCGCCGUGUUCGUGGCCCAACUGAUCUCCAGCCACGACUUGAUGUUGCACCUUCUGGUCAUCGUAUGGGCUCCGACGGCUCAUAUCUUAGUCCUCUCCAGCAUCUGACCACAAAUAUACUCGAUACAUAUCGCAUUUGCAACCCACAGUUCAGAUAUGAAAGCACCCACAAUCCAAGGCGCGUUCUUACAAAACCCAGUAAGCCAGCUCACAAUGAAGGCUACGAUAAUGACGACUAUGACUACAUUCUCUAUGUCAACGAUUGGUUGGGCACAGAAGAAGGACAUAAAUAUCUCAUCCUCGACAUCCUCGGUCAAGGGACGUUUGGACAAGUUGUUAAAUGUCAAAAUAUGAAAACGCAUGAGAUAGUGGCAGUUAAGGUUGUCAAAAACAAACCAGCGUAUUUCAACCAGAGUAUGAUGGAAGUGACGAUAUUGGAGUUGCUAAACAAGCAAUGUGAUCCUUCCGACACACACCACAUUCUUCGGCUCCGUGAUUCUUUCAUCCAUCGCAAUCAUCUUUGUCUUGUAUUCGAGCUUCUGUCAUCCAACUUGUAUGAGCUGAUCAAGCAAAAUCAGUUCCAAGGUUUGAGUACACAGCUCGUCAAAGUCUUUAUGGCGCAACUUUUAGACGCGUUGACUGUCCUCAAAGAGGCGAGACUAAUUCACUGUGAUCUCAAACCGGAAAAUAUUCUCCUCAAAUCCCUUCAGUCACCACAAAUCAAAGUCAUCGACUUUGGUUCCGCUUGCCAUGAACGUCAGACGGUGUAUACGUAUAUCCAAUCUCGGUUCUAUCGGUCCCCUGAGGUUCUCCUGGGACUAUCAUACACUGCUUCCAUCGAUAUGUGGAGUCUGGGAUGCAUUGCUGUAGAACUCUUCCUUGGAUUACCGUUGUUUCCAGGCACAAGCGAGUACAACCAGAUAUGCAGAAUCGUCGAGAUGUUAGGAACACCUCCCUUGUCGAUGCUCAAUAUUGGAAAGCAAACCUCUCAAUUCUUCGACAGUUAUGACGUAUGGAACCCUCUUUCGGGACAGAACGAAAAAAAGUGGAAGUUGAAGUCAUUGGAGCAGUACUCGAGAGAUCAUGGAACCAAUGAGCAACCAGGAAAGCAGUACUUCAAAGCCACCUCUUUACCAGAGAUCAUAAACACCGCGCCCAUGCCAGCAUCGAAAUCGUCCUCGUCUUCUCCAAACGCUAAUGCCUCACGGCAACACGAAAUUGAGAAGGAGAUGAAUAAUCGCGCCGCCUUCAUCGAUUUUUGCCAAGGUCUCUUGGACAUGAAUCCGAUCACAAGAUGGACGCCACAACAGGCAAGGUUACACCCAUUUAUAACCGGAGAAAAAUUUGUCAAGCCGUUUGUGCCUGAUCAACUCACGCCGGGCCAACAAGUUGCUGCAGCCGCGGGCGCUGGCGGAUCGAGUUCAUCACCGAAUUCUAACACAUCUUCUGUAUCGAGCAACAACAACAGCCCAGAUCCCAAACGUCCAUAUGGUGGGCUCGUUCCCUCACAGCCAAAGGGAACCCGCGCUUACCAAGAUGCCGCGACUUACAACCAACACCUUGCUCAACAUCAGGUGUACACAGCGCAAGCGCAAGCACAGGCUCAGCAACAGAGAGAAUACAGGAACCCUUACCUUGCGCCUGGUCCCGCUGGACAAAACCAGUCGCAGCCACCCUCCAGCCAAGUCCCAUCCCAUGAUGGAUAUGGGCUUCCUACCAAUUCUGCGCAACUCACCCAACCCCCACCUCCGGUACACCACCGACUUAUGCAUCAAACCUCGACAGGACAUCUCAACAUGAACUCCAGUUCGAGUAUGCCUCAGUUCCCUGGAUCCGGAAGUGGAGGAGGUGCUGGUUCCAACUCUUAUUACACAUCUAAUUCUAUGCAAUCUUCCUCGCAACAAAGCCCGGCCUCUUCGACGUCAUCAAGGGGUCGAGCAAACACCAUAAACCAGAUGGACGCUGCGAUACCUCCGGCCCUUGCGCGGUUACAGCAUAUGAAUCAGGAUGUCAUACAAGGUCGAAACGCGCUCACUCCCGUUUUGAACAGGGAUGAUGCAAUGAGGGAAUGGGAAAGACGGCAGAGUGGCAAAGGAGGACCACCGCCACCUAAUGCGUAUUCCCGAGAGCUCGAGUAUUUGCAGCAACAGGCGGAACUGGCAGCUUCGGGAGCAGUGGGCGGAGGACAAUGGGGUGGGAGCGGAACCGGAAUGGGUGGAAUGUUCCCAUCCAUAGGAAGGUAUCAUGCCGGGCAUACGCAAGCACCUUCAAAACUAUCUCAUGGAUAUAGCGCCAAUUUACCACCUAUUCUGGUGGAUGACUCUGAGUCCGCGUCCGCGUCCAGUGGUAAUGCUCGUCGGGAUGCUAUUAUGUCGAACGUGCGCUCGGCUGCUCGAGGAGAUGGUGCUGGAGCCGCCUUGUAUGGCGGAGCGGGUAGUGUCAUCUCAAGUCCACCACAAGCGUAUACUGGCGGUACCGCGACUCCUGGAAAUCGUUAUACUUUGACAUAUAACUCACAGCCUCCCCUUCAAUCAACGGGAGUUCCUCUAUCUUCGUCACAUCCUCCUUCUCUUCAGCCUCAGCAUAAUUCUCCGCAAACUCCCUUUGACUCCGUGGAUCGCCGGACGGAUAUAGGGAGUAUGUAUGUUCCCAUGCAAACAGAUGUGUCUGGUCCUGGUGGAUAUGGCCCUCCUUCCGGCUCCUACUCAAAUCAUGGCUCUUCUGCAAUGAAUGCGCGACAUGUUGGAGCUUCAGCUCAAAACGUUGCGCCAUCAUUUUAUGGAGCGGGUGUGGCUGGUGUGUUACCUCCAAUGGUUGGCACCCAGAGUAUGCCUGGUUCGUUAGGGUCCAUUAAUCCUCUGCAACAACAACAACAAAGACCUGCCUUUGGAGAAAUGUCUCCUAGUUCUGGGUCACUCAAGGAUUCUCGGAGAGCCAGUGGAAUGGAUGCUUGGCCAAGAUAA